AUGUCGUCAGAGCCUGUGAUCCACGAUGUCUUCGAACCUACAUCUGGAACAUGGCAGUAUCUCAUCGCCGAUCCGUCGACAUCAACGGCUGUCAUCAUCGACCCAGUCUUGAACUAUGAUCCCGCCACUCAGGUUGUGGCCACUCACGCAGCCGAUUCCCUACUCUUCCUUAUCAAGGAAAAGGGCUAUAAGAUUGACAAGAUUCUCGAAACCCACGCUCAUGCAGAUCAUUUGACUGCAGCAUCUUACCUUCAGAAACGCCUUGCUCAGAAUCAAGACCAUAAGCCGCCCAUCUGCAUUGGCAAGCGCAUUGAACAAGUGCAAAAAUUGUUUGCUGAAAGAUAUGGUGUCCCAGAAGAGGAAUAUAAAGGCAUUUUUGACAAGCUUUUUGACGAUGAUGAGACCUUCGCUAUUGGGAACCUGAAAGGACAGGCUAUCCAUCUACCUGGGCACACCCCGGAUCAUCUGGGUUACAAGAUUGGAGAUAACCUAUUCUGCGGUGAUUCCCUCUUCCAUGUGGACAUUGGCACUGCACGCUGUGACUUCCCCGGUGGCAAUGCCAAUGACCUCUUUCGAUCAGGCCGCAAGCUUCUGAGCCUCUCCGACCACGUCAAGAUCUGGACGGGUCAUGAUUAUCCGCCGCAGGACGGAGUGACCCCGUGCCUUGGCGAAGAAGAGUUUGUGGCUUUACGAAAGGAACGUGAUGCAGGAUUGGCAGAGCCCAAGCUGCUCCACCAAUCUUUGCAGAUCAACAUUCGAGCAGGCCGACUUCCUUCGCCUACGAAAUUUGGUCAGCGGUUGCUUCACCUUCCACUGAAGCUCACAGAGGAAGAAGCAUGGUAA